CCGGGAUCGAAAGUGAUAAUAAUGUGCGGCGGUCUCGCGCCGGCCGGAAUUCCUCGUCAUACGCAGCUCAGUCGAUCACCGUAUCAGCCGGUUCGUUAUCUUCGUUGUGGCCGUUUCCGCGGGUUGUGGGCCCAAAUUUAAUCGGUAAAGCACGACCCCCCGAAACGCGCUUCCUGUGUACGUGUACGUCCCGAAACCCGGCAGCGUGUUGGUGGCUCCAGUGAACCAAGUGUACUAUAUUGACCCACACCGACCAUUUGUCGGGGCAGGGGACCCGCAGUCCGUAAUCCUAAAACCGCGAUACGAUACCAAAGAAACCCACAAGAAGAGCGCCAAGUUAAAUCAUGUCGGGCGAAACAUCACAAUCAGCGACGGAGGAGAACAAGGUCCGGUACCGGCGGACACAAAGUGUAACGCGAGCCGAAGAGAUCACCAAAAAGGAGUCGGAACAGCGCAAAUCACAACCGGACAAACCAUGCCACCGGCCACGGGAUUCGCUGUUCUCCUGGAGCUCCGGGUUCGACAACUUCACCGGUCUAGUCAAUUGGGGUUUUCUCCUGCUCACGAUGGGAGGCAUCCGGCUAGUGCUCGAGAACUUUAUCAAGUACGUACUGACUCUAAUGCCGCCCGAUUACGUGCACUUUGUAACGUUUGUGUUCGAUCUUGCCAGAUACGGCAUUCGCGUUGAUCCGGUUCAGUGGUUCACGGUGCUCACUGGCAAGGGUGAAGGUGAAGGCUAUCCGUCGGUGUUACUCGUCAGUUAUGCCCUCGUUCCCGUCAUGAUCUGCCUGAUGAUGGAGCGUGGUCUGGCGAGUGAAAUUAUCCCCGACAGUGCCGGAAUGACUGUGCACGUCAUCAACAUUAUCGUGCUGGUGCUCAUCCCGAUGGUUGUGAUACACGUGAAGGGUCAUAUCUUUAGUUUAGUCGGAGCUAUGACGGUAUGUUUCAUCUAUUGCAUACUGUUCCUGAAGCUCUGGAGCUACGUGCAGGUCAACCUGUGGUGUCGUGUUGAGAAACGACAACAUCGCCACAGCCGCUCCGGUCGGCGCCAAAGUAUAACGAUUGCUCAGUUGCAGAAUGGACGCGAUCAGGAGCACGAACGGGGCGGGAGCAAUGGUAGCGCGACCGGUUACUGUAACGACAAGGACAAGGUACCGGAACUGGUACACUACCCGGACAACCUGCAUCCGGCCGACCUGUUCUACUUCCUGCUCGCACCGACCCUCUGCUACGAGCUGAAUUUCCCCAAAACGACCCGCAUCCGGAAGCGGUUCCUCAUCAAGCGCAUGCUCGAGGUGAUCAUUGGCGUUCACAUUGUGAUGGGUCUGUUCCAGCAAUGGAUGAUACCGUCGGUACGGAAUUCGCUCGUACCGUUCUCCAACAUGGACCUCACGAAAACGGCCGAACGUUUGCUGAAGCUGGCUAUUCCGAACCAUUUAAUGUGGUUGUGUUUCUUCUACCUAACGUUCCACUCGUUCCUGAACCUGAUGGGCGAGCUGUUGCACUUUGCCGACCGAAACUUUUACAGCGACUGGUGGAACGCGAACAACAUCGACACCUUCUGGCGCACCUGGAACAUGCCCGUUCAUAAAUGGUGCGUACGACAUCUGUACAUCCCGGUGGUAGAAUUGGGCUACUCGAAAAUCAGCGCGUCGGUGAUCGUGUUCUUCUUCAGUGCCUUCUUCCACGAGUACCUGGUAAGCGUACCGCUGAAGACGUUCAAGGUGUGGGCCUUCACAGGCAUGAUGGCGCAGAUACCGCUCUCGUUCAUCGCAAAAUACAUGGAAACUACUUACGGGCCGCGCUGGGGUAACAUGCUCGUUUGGGCGUCGAUCAUCCUGGGGCAACCGCUCGCCAUCAUGAUGUACUAUCACGACUAUGUGAUCACCAACUACAACGACGUGCUGGUGUAGCCGGAGGAGGAAGCGAAGACUGGGUCACUGGGUGCCUUUGGACCGUUUGUUGUGCCAAAACCAAAAUGCCGAUAUUAGCCAUUAGCUGUUAGCAGUCAUUCACGAAACACAUCACAAGAGACCGACUGCGUCACGGUUGAACGAACCGUUUGUCCCGAAAUUCCAUUCUAAAAUGUUCAUUGUUUUGAUGAAAAUUGUUCAUAAUUUGAUAAAAUGUUUUUUGUAUCCGUU